CUCUCGCAAGGGAACGUGCGCGACCGAGCAACUCGAUUCGUUGGAACUGCGCCGCCCGUCCCCACAACUCUCGAGGAACUUCAGUCUACCGUCAUCGUUCGCGAGCGUCGUUUCGGCGCGUUUGUCGUUCGCUUUCAUUUCACGUUCUGUUAUCUCUAUUCUAACGCUAUUACCAUUUCUUUUCGCGCCAUAACGUGUUUCGUUUCCCUCUUCACGCGUUGCAAAUAGAAAGAGAGGAAGAAAAGGAGGAGACGGGAUAUCAAACGCAAGCUUCCAAACGUGAAUUUUUCCAUUCUUUCGCGAAUAAUUAACGAAACCUAGUAAAUUUUAUUUAUUCAUCGGUGAAUUAUUCGACGCGUCGAUCGAUCUAUCGAGCCAUUAUCACGCCACCGUCGUCAUGUAUGAUCGACGCAUCUGAAUUUUUACAUCUUCCUUCCCAGACGUGAGACAGGAUUUCGAGAUUUUCGUCGAUUAUCGUACGAACGACAAGAGAUGAACGCCCCACCGCCGGUGUACGCAUCCUCCUGUCCCGCGUUGCAGUCAAACCUGUCGCUGCACAGUUCCUCUUAUUACAGCGAAUAUAGCGGGGCGGCAAGGAGGCGAUUAUCGUCGACGGGCGAGGCGGACACCUCGGCCACGUCGAGCUACGAGGGUAGCGAUAGCUCUGAGAACAGCGACGAGUCUCGUCUCGAACCGGUCAAUCAGAUCGAGCGAGAACAACUCGAAACGUUUUUCCGGGGCUUGAAAUCCCAGGUGUUCGUUUGCGAGUCAUUGGCCAACUUGUAUCUGGGAAACGCAUCGCAGACCGAAAGAUGGGAGCUUCGAUUUACCGGGAUUCCAGUAGUGGUGUUGGAUCUUGGAGAAACGCGAUCAAGAUCCAAGAGACGAAUCCAAAUCCUUUUGGCCGAGCGUGGCACUUGUUUUACGCUUUGGAGGGAGACGAUCGACAAUUUAUCGUCGUACAAGGUGUCGGGGCCGGCUUUUCACACGAUGUGUCUCUCGUCGGAUCACACGCGCCUGGCCGGCCUCAGUUUCGACAAUCCAAAAGCCGCCAACGACCUUUGGCAGCAUAUAGAAAGACUCGUCUCCUGCCCCGAGAACAUUAGCCUCUCGGUACCGGGGAAAAAGAAGAAGAAACCGGUACAGAAGAAAGUGGUUUUACCGGCCAAGAGUAACAUCAGCCAGCCCUGUCAAUUUCAACACGUGACGAGCGUGGACGCUGCCGACCGAUCGCGAUAUUUCUCCCUCCAAACUCUGGUUCCGGCUUUGAACGAGCUCGAAAACUCAUUGGAGGCGAAUUUCUGAGAUGACGAGAAGUUGGUCAAGAGCUCAGAUUCGUAACUCUGACGGUGCUCUCGUCCAUCAUCUAUCCAUCAUCGUAUUGCGCGUUAUGUUCUAGGGAAAUUCAUUGUAAUACCUUCAGGGAUAAGAUUGUCCGUAAAAACGGAACUCAUGCGCGCAGAUUCUCUCGUCAUUUCGUGCUUCCGAGCGAAAUCAAACGAUUUGCCAAAUCCAUUGUCGCGUUACAUUUCGACGUAAUACCGCUCGAUGGGACGCCCUUCCUAUUCUCUCGUCCCUUUCUUCUUUUGCUCGAGAGAGAAGUAAUCGUAGUAGUUAAAAAAAAAAAAAAAGAUUGUAAAUCUUGUGGAUCGAGAAAAUGAAAAACUUCAUUCAUUCUAUAAUUUGUUUUAUUGCUAUAGUAAUUAUAGAUAAUGGCAUAGACAAGGAUAUUUGUUCAGGGAAACGUAUAACGGUACAAGAUCAUUAUUUCCAAAUUUCAAUGUAAUUAACAUCGUCGUUCUGAUGUUUGGAAUCAUUAGCUUCUUUCGAUCGCUACAGACACUCGACACUUGUUAAAAUUCAUUGUUCAAUCAUCAUCAUUACCGACAUACCGUUCGACGAAUUAUAUGUAUACAAAGAUCAAGAAAAAUUCGAAUAAUUUCGAAAUGCGUUCGUAUACGUAUUAGCUUGGAGUAAAUAUACAGAAAAUUAAAGAUAUUUUUCAAACUCUAAUCGCCUCCGUGACUUUUAGGCUGCAAAAUGCUUCGAUUUUGUCACGCGUUUCGAACGUUCAAAAAUUGAAUGUCGUCGUGUUAUGUACGCGAAAUUUUGUCACGUUUCCAAAGUGAAUUGUGUACCGCGUGAAUUCUGUCCGAAUAACGACUGCGAUAAGACUGGUUCUACCAUUUAUUAUCCUAUAAUUAGAGAAAUGAGUUUAAACGUAGGCAUUGUGACGAUAAUAAAAACGUAGAACGUUACUCUGUUAUUCGACGUUGGUCGAAUUUCUUCGAUACGCAUUUUUUCGACGCCAUGCUUUAACCUCUUUACUGCUGGACAGCUUAAAGCUCGUUAACAUUAUCGAGUCGUAGAAUGUGAAAGAAUUAUACGAAAAGAAAGAAAAUAAUAAUGUGCAGUACUACUAUGGAAUGGCGGUCGAAACUUGAUUAUUAAAUAAUUGUGUUUUUCAUUCCAAAGACGCGCGAUCGCGUCGUGUUGUCAUCAUUGUGAAACGCGUAAGUAAUAUCAUGUAAGAAAUAUCAAGAGGAUAAUCAAAUUUCUCGCGUUCGAAGAGUUAGUUAGCGUUUUAUGGAUUUACGUAGCGAUCGAUGAGAGACAAUUGUCAAACGUAUAUAUUCGUUUGUUCGAGAUCGUUUAAAGGUUCCCCCUCCCUUUUUGAUCUCCCGACACUCGACUGUGCGUACGAAAUAACUUCGAUUACGAUACAUUGAUUUCUUUGUCUCGACUGUGAUAUAAAUAUAUUUGUAUAGUUAAGUUUCACAAUAUGUAUCCACAUUGAUUAAUCAUUUUGAUAUGUAAGUUUACGAUCAUCAUUUCGCAUGUAAUAAUUAUGGUAAUAAAUAAGUAAGUUUACGUAA